UUUGUCAAAGCACUUAAGAUAUUCAUUGCUAUCGGGAUAUCGGUUUCUCAAACUUACCUACCCCACCUUUAAGUGAAGACGUCAUCAACUCUAGAUCUGAACAUUCUGUCAAAUCUGAAACGCUCUGAAAAUGUCCCAAAACUUAAACUGAGAUUUUAGCCAAACCGUUCCAUCUAUCAAAAAAAAAACUUUAGUUCAAUAGAGUGGAGAUUCUGGAGAGCCAUUAAAACUUUGAAUCUUUUAUCUCUGUUAAAGUGUGGCGGAUCAGUUUGACCUCAGAGCAGGAUGAUUUAUGUUCUGAAAGGCCUGAGUUUUUUUCCCUUCCUUUCAGCUCUUGUUUGCUCAACACAGAAACCCCUCCUGUUUGUGCAGUGACUCAUCUGUCUGGAAACUUCUCUGACCUGCAGUGCAUUUUGAGCAGAACUGCCCUUCGUCUCCAGAACCGAGGUUCAGCAGCUUGAACAGGAUCUGAGCAGAACUGCUCCUCAUCCAGAGCACGGUCUGCAGAAGGUGACCAACAUGGAGGAUGCUGUAGGAUCUGAGACUGAUCCAUGUGCAAAGAGAAUGAAGAAGGAGAAGGAUGCUUUUCCCACUGCCGGACAUUCACAUCGCUUCUAUGUGAAAUUCAGUCCUUCUGACCACAAGGAACACGCUAUAAACUGUGAUCAAGCCAGAACAGUGCUGCAGGCGAUAAAAACAUGUCACAAAUAUGAUGAGCAGUUUUCAGAUGAAAACCUUGUGAUUCAGCUGGGUGAAAAUGAUAGGAAAUAUGCUAUUGCAACACAUUUCCCUUGUACUUGUAUCAGGAAAGAUGAGUUACUGAUCUUAUCGCAUAAGAAAGAAAAGACUGAAGAGACCCAAUGCCAAGAUGAGGAACCAAUACAGUCAGAGGACAUGUAUUCUGUCUUCUCUAUUGAAACAGUGGGAGGAAUAAACACCAGAACAAAGCCGUUUAUCAGAAGCCAUGCUUUCAGUAGGUUCAAGUACCUGUGUGUGUAUGGGGAGAAGGGUAGGGAUAGGACAGUGGAGGACGCUCUGAGAAGAGAUGGACGCUUCAUUGAUGAUCUUGGCAACUUCACUCUGUCUGACAACACAGACCCAAAUAAAAGCACUGGAUGUACCCAACCUGUUAAACACCUGCAUGAAAAAGAAUUCAAGUUAUCUCUUGAAAAGGCACAACCUGAAAAGACACAACUGAAGAGUAACAAAAAAGCAGUCACAGAAGAAGUAAAGCAGAGAAUAAACGUCACCCUGAAAACAAUGGGAAACAAUAAAUUAAGUGUCCAAGAUUUAGUGGAUCGUGUCAAAGUAAUGAACGAAUCCAAGGGAAAGAGUGGUAAGAGUGGAAAGAGUGGUCAGAGUGGCAGCAGUGUCGACGUUGAAGAGAUUUAUGAUUUACUGCGGGAGCAGUAUGCAGGUCUGAAGGAACUGAUGAUGAGGAGAUUCCCAGGUGAUUCUUAUAAGAAGACACUGAACAUGAAAAAGAAAAACUUUGGAAAGAUCCAACAGUCGUUCAGCGAGGUUCACAGAGUCAGAGAGCUGAUAACACUGGGCGAGUCAGUUUGCAAAGUGAUUGUUGAAGGUUAUUGGACAGGAACGGGGUUUGUGUUGUUUGACAACUUCAUCUUGACUAACGCACACCUGUUUAAAGAUUGUGUUGAAGGAAAAGAAAACAAAAAGCUGAAGCAUGAUAUAGAGGUGUAUGCUCUCUUUAACUUUGAAAAAGAGCACAAAAAUUACCACCGCUUUGAGCUGGCUCACCGUUACAUCUGCUACUGUCAUGACAACCUCGAUUAUGCCAUAUUUCAGCUUAAGCCUGUCAGCCACAAAUACAACCCAGAAACAACUGAAGUCACAAAAGAGAAUGUGCCACCAGGGCUCCUGGAGAGGUUUGGUCCAAAGCCUAAGAGUGGUGAAGCCUGUCUCAUUGGUCACCCAGAAGGACGAGUGAAACAAAUGGAUCCAACAUCUAUCAUUGAGAUAGAAAACAGGGUGAAGGCUGUUGAGGAUCAAUUAGAGCCAUACAAAGACACUGCUUUCAUUGUCCACAUAAUCAAUGAAAUAAAAAAUCAAGGCAUUGAAAGCAUAUUGGUAGGUGGAAACAAAGAGAACGUAACAACCUACAACACCUUCAUGUAUCACGGCUCCUCUGGAUCCCCAGUGUUUGAUGCUCAGUGCAAAGUUUUUGGUUUGCACACCUCAGGAUACGUUUACGAUUUCCCAAAGGACACUAAGAGUGUGAUAGAGUAUGCCCAACCUCUGCUAACUAUCUUUGCACACUUUGUGAGUAAACUGAGGGAGCCUGGGGGUGAGGAGCUGUUGAGGAGAGUUAAGGAAGUAGCAAAGGGAAACCCAGACCUAGAAAACAUACUCAACCCCGACUCUGAUGACUCAGAUGACUCAAUGGAGACUGACUAGAAAGAUUAGAUAAUCAGGGGCUAAACACACGAGGCUGGACAGCUUAUAUUCCCAUGCAUCAUCACACUUGACUUAUUGACUUCUCUGUUAGUCUGUGACAGCCAAUUGUACUUUUUUCUAUAUCCAAAUGUCUUGUAAGCAUUACUCUUUUAUUUUAUCAUAGUUUAUUAGUUUUUCAUUAUCUACAUUUGUUCUUUUUUAAACAACUUCCUUACUUUACUGUGUUGAUGUAUGCACCAUAGAGUGCCACAGUGAA